UCAACUCCCACCCGAAAUCGCACUUCGACGCGAUUCUUUGAUACAACCAACUGUACAGCUGCACAUAUAUACUCUGGCCACACGCGCACAUCCCAUCAAGAUGGCAGACGACAAGCAUGACGAGAAGCUUGAGGCUCAGAUCAAAUCGGUGGACAUGAACGAGGACAUGCAGCAAGAAGCCAUUGAAGUCGCACAAGAAGCAAUGAACAAGUUCACCAUUGAGAAGGAAAUCGCUCAGCACAUCAAGCGCACGUUCGAUGAACGCAAGGGUGCAACAUGGCAUUGCAUCGUGGGCAGGAACUUUGGGUCAUUCGUCACUCAUGAGACGAAGCAUUUCAUCUAUUUCUACCUUGGUCACUGCGCAAUCCUGCUGUUCAAGACGCAGUAGAUGGGAACAGUCAUGUCGGCGAGGAAUUCAAAAGGGGACUGAGGUGCUUCUCCAUACUUCACAUGCAGUUCAGCCCAUAGCCCAAAUAGCUUGGCACUCAAUAAAAGCUGUUUCGCGGCUUGGAC